UGGUGCAGUUGGUAGUAACAGUAACUCUGACAGCUGUGAUACAUAAUGUACCACACCACAAUUUGACAUGGCUUGUUGCUACAGUUUCUGCUCUGCUCAGUUGCAAUGUUCUUGCGUUACAGAGAGGGGUUUAUAAAAGUCUAAAGUUUUGGAUGAGCUUAGCGUUCAGUACCUUCAUCAGUUUGACAAUAUCUAUCACAUCUCCUUUAAUGGAUAUACAGACUGAAAAGUUAGAAUACACUUGUCUGAUUGUUGUGGCAAUGUCCUCUCUACUCAUUAUGAUUCAAAAUGUAUACUGUUUCAACCUGAUCAGGAAUCCUUUGUUUUGUGCGAUUGAUGCAUCAAAAUCAAUAAAAUGGGGAUUCAAGCUGUUGAAUAUGACAAAGUUUUCAGUGUGCCCUGUUGUGUUAUCCCUUUAUUACAACCAUUUAUUUAAAAGCUAUCAUAGUUACACUUGGUUCCAAACCGUCCUUCUGGGCAGAGCAUUCAGGGAAAUUUGGCAGAAUAAUCAGCACUGUCAGGCCGCUACGUCCUUAUUUGUAAUAAUACGACUUUCCUCUGAUUCUGUUCAGUUAACUAAUACUGAUCCUAUCACUUCGCUGUGGCUGUGCAGUGUUUUCGUCUACUUCCUGAAGAAGGGACUGAGAAGACUACACGUGUGUUUUAAACUGCAGUUCGAUUUUGUUGCCCUAAAAAAACAGCGGCGGAAGGAAAGCCACCUCAUAACAGCAGCGAAUGUAAUCUUCCUACCAGUUGUUAUUUGCGUCGCCAUGGUUACUGCUGGACUCAACAUACCCCUCCUACCUCUCUUUACGUUACCAGUUUUCUGUAUUUCAUUUCCCCGUCCCACAAAAUUCUGGCCUGACGCCUCAACAUCACACAGUUGUUCCAGAGAUUCUGCUUUCUAUAAACAAGUUACCCCUCACUAUUUGUCGGCACUGGCUAGUGAUGUGAAGCAUAACCUCGCCUGCGGCUCUUUCUUCGUCUCCAGAGUAGAAAAUCUGCUCAUCUUUUCUCACGUUUUAGAGUCCGGAUUUGGGUACGCUUCUCUGCUAAUGAAAGGUCUGGAGCUACAGGAAACAAGUUGUCACACAGAAGAGGUAAAUGUUGUGAAAGACAUUUUUGACAGAACGUUUGAAGGUACAAAAUGUUAUAAUGACUUCUUUAUGCACAUGCUCCAACCAUUGUCUAAAACAAACGUACUGACUUACUCUGAUGCCAAGAAUGUGUUAACUGGAGUUCUAGAUUCGCCAACUUGUCUAGAACGACUAGCAGGAAACUUUAGAAAAUGCUUGACAUAUUUUCUGUGUACGCAAUACCCGAAAUGUGGAGAAAGUAUACAGUACGAGGGAACAGUUUUAGUGAGCAAUCAGGCGACAACAACUUCAACCAGUACUGCUAAAGGAGCUGCACCCAGCACUUCAAGAGGGGGCGGCUUUGAUUUCUCUGGGUUACAUAAUAAAGCUGCAACUGGAGUUGGUGAUGUGCUAGAGGAUGCGACCAGUACAGCCACUCUUGUCUCCAACAAUCGAUCAGAAGAUUUUUUGGAUAAUUUAUCUUUUAAUUGUUCAGAAGAGAGUUGGUUCGAGCAGGUGUUGGUCAAUAAAACCACACACUCCCCGGUAAAAUCAGAAGAUAACGAAAUCAAACCUAAGUCUAUUCGUGGCGAUGAAACCACACACUCCUCGGUAAAAUCAGAAGAUAACGAAAUCAAACCUAAGUCUAUUCGUGCAGAGAACUGUAAUGAGCUAGACAGUGACUCGAAUAACUUUAUUGACGAAGAAGAGAGAAUAGUUUUAGAGGUGAAGAAUGGGGGAGGAGAGGGAGGAGAAGAGUGUGGUGUUCCUGGAAAUUGGUUAAAAGUACCCUUCUGUAGAGAGGAGGUAGAGAAGGAGUGUGAAAAUUUCCCCCUCGAUCUCUUCCGCAGCAAGUCUUCUGUUCAUGCCGGUCUGGAGACAGUAUCCGGACUUGUGAGCAGUGCUUAUCUUGCUUUACAGAACAGUAGCUCAGGUGUGAACAAAUCUGCCAAUCAAGUAGUAAAAACCUACAGUGGCAACGUUUACUUCGGCAAAUGUAAACAGUGGAUCGAAGAGAACAGCGAACUUAAAAGACUACUUAUAACUUCAUACAGAUUCGCUGUGAAACUCUCUAUUGAUGAAACCGUAUUUGGCGAUAACGAGACUUUAGAGGAAUAUUUUGACAGUAUGUUGGCACUGGAGAGAGACUGGUAUAUCGGGCUGGAAACUGAUCCAGCAUGGCAGAAAAGUUUAGAAGAAAGCAAACAAUUUGUCUUUACCUUGGGGUUCAACAAGGAAGGGGUAUAUGCCAGUCGGACUCUCAGUCUUACUAAACUGCCAAUGUUGACGGGGCAGCUGAAUUCGGAAAAUGUAAGAUCUAUCUGGAGUGCUCUCUCGUUAGAACUGCUGUACUUGACCAAUGAUGACGAGGAAAGGUACAGUAUUCAGGCCCACCCCAAUAUCCUAAGAAACAUUGUCACUCAAUCUGCUGACCUACCACUCGGAUACCCUGUUUACUCUUCCGGACUGCAGCACGUAUCAACUCUGUAAAUACCAGGUAACCUGGUUACCUGGUUACCUGGUUACCUGGUUACCUGGUUACCUGGUUACCUGGUUACCUGGUUACCUGGUUACCUGGUUACCUGGUUACCUGGUUACCUGGUUACCUGGUUACCUGGUUUCCUGGUUACCUGGUUACCUGGUUACCUGGUUACCUGGUUACCUGGUUACCUGGUUACCUGGUUACCUGGUUACCUGGUUUCCUGGUUACCUGGUUACCUGGUUACCUGGUUACCUGGUUACCUGGUUUCCUGGUUACCUGGUUACCUGGUUUCCUGGUUACCUGGUUACCUGGUUACCACUCGGAUACCCUGUUUACUCUUCCGGACUGCAGCACGUAUCAACUCUGUAAAUACCAGGUAACCUGGUUACCUGGUUACCUGGUUACCUGGUUACCUGGUUACCAGGUUACCUGGUUACCUGGUUACCUGGUUACCUGGUUACCUGGUUACCUGGUUACCUGGUUACCUGGUUACCUGGUUACCUGGUUACCACUCGGAUACCCUGUCUACUCCUCCGGACUGCAGCACGUAUCAACUCUGUAAAUACCUGGUUACCUGGUUACCUGGUUACCUGGUUACAUGGUUACCUGGUUACCUGGUUACCUGGUUACCUGGUUACCUGGUUACCUGGUUACCUGGUUUCCUGGUUACCUGGUUACCUGGUUACCUGGUUACCACUCGGAUACCCUGUCUACGCAGCACGUAUCAACUCUCUAAAUAUUGCACAACUGCGGAAGGACACAACAACACAAAUGUUUUACUUUUAGACUAAAAGUAUGUACUGGGGUCUGGGGUGAGGGGUACUGUAGGCUGUAGGCUGACUCAAACCCCACGAAAUGUUUUGUAAGAUACACAUUUGAAAACGUUGAAAUGAACCAAUUCUUAAUUGAAGUUUUUCAUUUUAACAAUUUUAUCUAGUAAUGGACCCAACGUUGUACAAGGUAAAUAUAAUACCUCAGGAUAACACGCCUUAUAGCUGUAACGUGGAUUUUUGGGCAACUUGUUUCCUCCCUCAUUUACCGUAUCUGCAAAAUAAAAAUAAAAUGUUUAAACCUUAAAAUUGUUCUGUGUCUGAUUAAUCGUGAAUUUCUUCAUGGUAAAUCUUUCAGGUCGGCAGGUUAUAUUCAUUAUUUAUAAACUUACGAUAUUUUACUUAAUAAUAAAUACAUGACAAUAUAUUUAUUCAGUAUUUGUAUAUAAUAU